AUGGCAAAGAAUUCAAUUUCUCUUUUAUCAAUAAUUAUGCUACUAAUUGCUGCUGGAUUUCAAAGUACCACAGCUCAUUAUGGUCGUAAAAUUUCAAAUAUGGAAAAAUUAAAUUCUACGGCAUCAAAUUUACUUGAUUCGUUUCCGUUAUCAUCAAAUCAAUCAAUUUCAAAUUCAUCAGAUCCAUUUGCAUUACCAUUUUCCGAAUUAAAUUCAAGCAUAAAUACGGAACUCUUUCAAGAAUUAUCAAAAAUGAAUUUUACUAUUACAACAAUACCAUCUUUUUAA